AGGCAUGCUUGCCUAGCUGGUGACGCGCCGCUGCUAUUAAUCAUUCACCAGCCGGGGAGCAGCAGUUGCAGCCGCCUCUCUCCCGAUGCCCGCGUCCCGCAGGCGCCGCGCCGGCAUCCCUGACGGGAUGGUGCCCAGCGCAGCCGGCGGCGGGCGCCUGCUGCUCUGAGCCGGGGCGUGGGGGUCCGGGCAGAGGAUGCUCCCCAAUGGCACCUGCCCCAGGCUUCCGGGCGGUGCAGGCAGCGACAGCGGCCACAGCGACAGCGGCGGCAGCGACAGUGGUGGCGGCGGAGCCGGUGGAGCCUCGGAGGAGGCGGCGGCGGAGGGCAUGGACUCGGGCGGCAGGAAUUCCUCUGGCGCUCCGAACAGCACCCUGAGUGAGUCUCAGGGCAGCGCCAUCCUCAUCUCAUUCAUCUACUCCGUGGUGUGCCUGGUGGGGCUGUGCGGGAACUCCAUGGUCAUCUACGUGAUCCUACGUUAUGCCAAGAUGAAGACUGCCACCAACAUCUACAUCCUCAACUUGGCCAUCGCGGAUGAGCUGCUGAUGCUUAGCGUCCCCUUUCUGGUUACCUCCACCCUGCUGCACCACUGGCCCUUUGGCUCCCUGCUCUGCCGCCUGGUGCUCAGCGUGGAUGCCAUCAACAUGUUCACCAGCAUCUACUGCCUGACGGUGCUCAGUGUGGACCGCUACAUCGCCGUGGUGCACCCCAUCAAGGCGGCCAGGUACCGCCGGCCCACGGUGGCUAAGAUGGUCAACCUGGGUGUCUGGGUGCUUUCCAUCCUCAUCAUCCUGCCCAUCAUCAUCUUCUCCAACACAGCAGCCAACAGCGAUGGAACAGUGGCUUGCAACAUGCUCAUGCCAGAGCCCACCCAGAGAUGGCUGGUGGUCUUUGUGGUCUACACUUUUCUGAUGGGCUUCUUGCUGCCUGUGGUGGCCAUCUGCCUCUGCUACAUCCUCAUCAUCGCUAAGAUGCGCAUGGUGGCCCUGAAGGCUGGCUGGCAGCAACGCAAACGCUCAGAGCGCAAGAUCACCCUCAUGGUCAUGAUGGUGGUGAUGGUCUUUGUCAUCUGCUGGAUGCCCUUCUACAUUGUGCAGCUGGUCAAUGUCUUUGUAGAGCAGGAUGAUGCCACCAUCAGCCAGCUCUCUGUCAUCUUGGGCUAUGCCAACAGCUGUGCCAACCCUAUCCUCUAUGGUUUUCUCUCAGACAAUUUCAAGCGGUCCUUCCAGAGGCUGCUCUGCCUCAGCUGGAUGGACAAUGCUGCAGAGGAGCCCAUCGACUACUAUGCCACUGCCCUCAAGAGCAGGGCAUACAGCGUGGAGGACUUUCCCCCAGACAACUUGGAGUCAGGGAGCAUGUACAGGAAUGGCACUUGCACCUCCAGGAUUACCACCCUCUGAGGAAGCAUUCCUGUCCCCCAGCUCCCUUACUGCCCCCCAGCUGGAGGGUGAGCGAAGCCAGGGCUGUGGCAUGGGGAGGCUGGGAGGGAGGGGAUUUUGGUCCUGCCCACUCCCACCAGUGUUUAGUGCAAGAAAGAGCAAAGAAAACUCCACAUCCUUGAUUUGCUACCCCCCUGCACCCUGGUUGCCCCCCCUUGAAAGCCAGUGCAUUCUCUGAUGCUGUGACAUCCACUGAGGGAAUUUUGGCUCUGGUAGCUUUGGUAGCUUAGGGUCUGGUGGCCUGGCUCUGCCACUCUUCUGUGUAUGACAAGUGGCUGUAAAGGUCCUGCAGUGACUUCUCUCCCUCCAUCUUUUGUACAGUUUGCCCUUCCCCUUGGCUGGUGGAACACCCCAAGAGUCGAGCCUGCUUCAGUCAAGCCCCAGCAUUCAGGCUCAGACUCCCCCCAGCUGAAAAUUACCCCACUCAACAUCUGUCAGUACACACUUUCCCUUCAGAGAUUAGAAAUGCUGGAAAAAUUCCCCCCAACACAUACCAUGCCCUCGCCCAGGAAGGAGUGAGUAGCCUCUCUCUGUGCCUACCUUUCCCUCCCCUGGAAUAAAAUAGAAAGCAGGCAGCAAAAAGUCCCCAAGAGAGAGGCAGCAUAGUCACGGAGAUUGUUUUUUGCUUUGCAGACAGCUUCCAACUCAGUGGGACUUUGGCUCUCUGUGCCACUUGGCCAAAGCAGAGUAGAAAAGGUCUUAGGAAAAAAUCUGAUUAUUGCUGUGCUUUGGAGCUGUGCAGCAGGUUGCUCAUGAUGGGAGAUAGCAGUCCCAUGACACACAGGAAGCAGAGAGCUGGGACUCACUGAGAUGGGAGCUGGGGGGACUGCUGAGUUGGGAAAUGUUUGAAUCUGUCCACACACA